AACCCCCGGAGCCCUCAUAGCCCUGCGCACCCUCCUCAGGUUGAAAUCUAACACAGAUUUGUGCCAGUUGGGUUUAUGGGAUGUUUUUAUUGUAGAACAGACCAAAAUUCUUAGUAUUAGGUGUGGGAAGUAUAAAUUGAAAAAGACCCAUAAAAAUGGAAUUUCCAAGAUUAGAGCUUUGGGGAGUCAUAGUUGCCUUUAAACUGUGAAGGGUUUCCAUCAGUAGCACUUUUUGAGUUUUGGUUUUAAAGUUUUUAAAUGAACAGACCUGUAUGGGGUGCAGAGGGGGGAGGCUGGUGUGGAAUUGCUGCCAAUGGUGUCUGUGUGCCCUCUGCUGGGGGAGCUGAAACAUGCUCUUAGAAAGGACAUCCUGGGUUCCCCAAACUGUUGGUGACUUGGCCUUGUAGUGAGGAGAGGACAGCAGGUGGCGCCAGAGAGACACUAAUCAGUUGACCCCUGAGGAUUAGGGGAAUUUGUUCUCUGAGGACAAAGUACACAAGUGGUUGAAGGCCCAAGUGGUAUCCCGGUUUUUCUUGUGUAGGUUGUGGUUCCCACACUCCAGGAACCAGACCUGUGGGCAGCACAUGCUGUCUUCCUAGCCAAGUCGGGAACUUCCUGCCUCAGGAUUAUAACUGGAGCUCCGGCUCAGACCUCCUAUCCCAAGCCUACUGCAGCUCUGGAUCAAGGCGCGUGGUCAUAGGAAGCUGGAGCUUCGGGGCAUCCCUGUCCCCAGAAUUACAUGAUGGAGGUCCAUGCCCUUGUGGGUGUGCUGAUCAUAGUGGACCUUGUAGCAGGGAAGGCUCCUGUUCCUCAAGUCCGGGCCUGCCAUUUCUGCCUCUUGGAAGAUCCUGCUGUGGGAUGCAUUUCAGGCUCAGAGAAGUGUACCAUCAGCACCUCAUCCCUGUGCAUGGUGAUCACCAUCCACUAUGAUAACAAGGCUCGCUUCAACGUCCGAGGCUGUGGACAGCACAAUUCCUACCGCUGCAAAGAGAAACGCAGCACCUACUUGUCGAACUACUGGUACGAGGUCCAGUGCUGUCCGUAUGAUUAUUGCAAUUCCUGGGCCAGCCCGCAGCUUGAGAGCUCCACGACUGAGCCCCACGACAGGGCCAGGCCCCUGUCGGACUUCCAGAUCCAGCAGUUGUACCAGGCCUUGAACCUUUCAUUGCCUCAGCCUAGCCUUCCUGCUGGGAAGGAGCCUGACGACCUGGACCUCCUGCCCCCAAAAUUGGGCAUGUCCAUUGCUGACCUGCGCGACAUCUACUUGUUCCUCAACAGCUCAGGACUUUUGGUUCUUCCCCGUGCUGGACCCUGACACGUUCCCCUUCUCUAAAGCCUUUUGGUCCAGCGUGUCUCCCUCACACCCCCAGCAUACUGCGCUGCCCUCUCUGAGAAAACCUUCAUUCUCUGGUCACUAAUCUCUUGGGGCAACCUCCUUCAUAUUUCCAGCACCAAUAUGGCUUUGGUUUAAUUUCCUCCUGAGCCCUGAUGGUGCUCUUUUAAAAACCAAAACCAAAACCAAAUUAAUACUCAAUGGGUUCUUCCUAAGUUGGCCAAGGGAAGAAUAUUGUUUCCUUCAUCCCUUUGCCAUCAUCUGGUUGUGCCCUCGCUCUGUGACCUGCCAUUUCAGCUCAGAUCCAGCUGAGACCCAGUGCCAGGCCGAACUUGAAGCCAGAGUGAGGGAUUGACUGCUGUCUCCCUUUUUAAAUUUGGUGAUCCGUGUUCCUGCUUCAUUGUCUCCACCACCCCUUCUUCCCUCUGGCCUGCUUUUGCCUUCUGUCUCUUGUCACAGACUCUGGCCUCCUCAGCCCUAGCUCACCUUGUCUGACACACUCCAGGCAUCUCAUGCUGUGUUCCACAUCGUUUGUUUUCCUCCGCAAUAAAUGGCCUGGACUGAAUCUGUGUCACAUUGUUUAUGGGCUCAGGUUUAGGUGUGGGCAGCUGCAGACAGGUUAAAGAGGGUUCACUAACUGGAAAUGAGCCCUACCUACUCUGGGCUUUUGUGGCUUUUUGUCCCCCCUUAAAAAGUACACAUUUUACCCCACCUCUGUUCAGAUAGAGUUAAUACCAGAGGAUUGUGACUCCUGAUUUUUU